GUCUCCAAACUUAUCUUAUUUUUGCCAGUCUUCUCUGUGGACGAAGAAGAGUUUUUCUCCAAUCAAAAGUUUAAAGCUUUUGAAAAUUUCCUUCAUGGGUUUCUGAUUUGUCUACUAAAGUUUUGAUUUUUUUAAUUUGCGUAUUAAUUAAAAAGUGGGGAGUGACACAAGAAGCAGUAUAGUCAUUAGUUUCCACUAAGCAAAGCACCCAAAAGUUCACAACAACAAAGACCUAAUAUGUGUCUUUGUUUGUGAUUUUGGGAUCAUCUGAAACAAGAUGAGAGGAGAUAGCUUCUCAAUGAGUAUUGAGAAUAUUCCUGAUUCUCCAAUGGUUUCGAGGAAGAAGAAGAUGAAGAUCAGGAAGGUGUUCGAUAAAAUGACUCAAUGGGUUACCCCUUGGAGAAGUAAUUUGGAGAGUCCAAGAGAGAUGAUGAUUUUGCGUGGAGAUGUUGAACAAGAUGAGUUUCAAUACGCAAGUAGUCACUGUUUGUCUUCUUACUACAGUGUCUUUGUUGUUCGUCUCGCUAUAAUGGUGAUGUUAGCAAUUCUGAUAGGGCUUUUAACCGUUCUAACAUGGCAUUUCACAAGGAUUUACACGAAGCAGUCGCUUAAAACAUUAGCAUAUGGCCUUCGGUACGAGCUUCUUCAGCGUCCAGUCUUACGGAUGUGGAGCGUUGUAAACACCACAUCCGAGCUAACAACAGCUCAAGUCAAGUUAUCUGAAUAUGUCAUCAAAAAAUCUGACAAGCCAACAACUCAAGAAGAGCUCGUCGAGAUGUAUCAAGCAAUGAAGGAUGUGACAUGGGCUCUGUUUGCUAGUGCCAAAGCUCUAAAUGCCAUAACUAUAAACUAUAGAAAUGGAUUUGUCCAAGCUUUUCACAGAGAUCCAGCAAGUAGCAGCACAUUCUACAUCUUCUCCGAUCUAAAAAACUAUUCCAUCAAUGGAAUAGGGCCUGAAGAUGUAAGCGGGUGGAACAACCAGUCGAUACACGGGAACAUGUCUGCCAUUUGGUACCAGCAACAGCUUGAUCCAGUAACAGGGGAUAAAUUGGGAAAGCCUCUAAAAAUUCCACCCGAUGAUCUGAUCAACAUCGCAGGAAUCUCACAAGUGCCAGAUGGUGAAGCUUCUUGGCAUGUGACAGUGAGCAAAUACAUGGACUCUCCGCUUCUCUCAGCGGCUUUGCCUGUCUUUGAUGCAUCAAACAAGAGUAUUGUGGCUGUUGUGGGGGUGACAACUGCUCUUUACAGCGUAGGGCAGUUGAUGAGAGAUCUUGUAGAUGUCCAUGGUGGACAUAUCUAUUUGACAUCUCAGGAAGGAUACUUGCUUGCUACUUCCACAAAUGGUCCUCUUUUAAAAAAUACAACAAACGGGCCUAAGCUAAUGAAAGCCAUUGAUUCAGAGGAGUGGGUUAUAAGGGCAGGAGCUCAGUGGUUAGAGAAAACUUAUGGAAGUAAACGCCCUCAAGAAGUUCAUGCUGAGAAUGUAAAGCUUGGUGACCAACGAUAUUACAUUGAUUCAUUCUAUCUUAAUCUCAAGAGACUUCCAAUUAGAGGUGUUGUCAUUAUUCCCAGGAAGUUCAUUAUGGGAAAAGUGGAUGAAAGGGCCUUCAAGACUUUGAUUAUACUGAUUUCUGCUUCUGUCUGCAUCUUCUUUAUUGGAUGUGUCUGCAUUUUGAUUCUCACAAAUGGAGUUUCAAAGGAGAUGAAACUAAGAGCAGAACUGAUAAGGCAACUGGAUGCAAGAAGAAGAGCUGAAGCUUCAAGCAACUACAAAAGCCAGUUUUUGGCAAAUAUGAGCCAUGAGUUGAGGACACCUAUGGCUGCUGUGAUUGGAUUACUAGAUAUUCUUAUAUCGGAUGAUUGUCUUUCAAAUGAGCAAUACGCAACAGUCACUCAGAUCAGAAAGUGCUCUACAGCUCUCCUCCGGCUUCUCAAUAACAUACUGGACUUGAGCAAGGUUGAGUCAGGAAAGCUUGUUCUGGAAGAAGCUGAGUUCGAUUUGGGGCGAGAACUUGAAGGACUUGUUGACAUGUUCUCAGUGCAGUGUAUUAACCAGAAUGUAGAGACAGUUCUAGACCUCUCUGAUGAUAUGCCAGCGUUAGUCAGAGGAGACUCGGCAAGACUUGUUCAAAUAUUUGCAAAUCUUAUAAGCAAUUCUAUAAAGUUUACAACAACGGGUCACAUAAUUCUUCGUGGAUGGUGCGAGAACAUAAAUUCUCUACAUGAUGAGAUGAGCUUAACUGUUGACAGGAAGAAACCAUGGGCUCCAAUGAAGACAAAACUGGUGCAACACAGAAAUCAUUUGCAGAAGUGUUGUAAGAAUGCGAACAAAAUGGUUCUUUGGUUUGAGGUUGAUGACACUGGAUGUGGAAUAGAUCCAAGCAAAUGGGACUCGGUUUUUGAGAGCUUUGAGCAAGCUGAUCCUUCUACCACUCGGACGCACGGAGGAACUGGUCUUGGACUAUGUAUCGUGCGAAACUUGGUUAACAAAAUGGGUGGAGAAAUCAAAGUAGUGCAGAAGAAUGGCUUAGGGACUCUAAUGAGACUGUACUUGAUUUUGAGUACUCCUGAAACUGCAGAUCAAAAUAUCCAGCCAGAUUUCUCCAAAUAUGGUCUCGUGGUUUUGCUUUCCAUGUAUGGAAGUACAGCAAGAAUGAUCACAUCAAAGUGGUUGCGUACACACGGCAUUGCAACUGUUGAAGCAUCGGACUGGAACGAGCUGACUCAGAUCAUUAGAGACCUUUUGGAGAUGGGAAGCCGUGACAACAGCUUUGAUUCACAGAACAAUAUUGCUGAUUCACUGAGAGCAGAGCUUUCAAAUAUAAAAGAAAUCAAGAACCCUGUGUUUGUCAUAGUGGUGGAUAUCGGAGUACUUGAUCUCACCACAGAUAUAUGGAAGGAACAGCUUAACUACCUCGACAGAUUCUCCAACAAAGCAAAGUUUGCUUGGCUGCUGAAGCAUGACACCUCCAAUAUAGUUAAAACAGAACUUAGACGAAAAGGGCAUGUCAUGAUGGUUAACAAACCGUUGUACAAGGCCAAAAUGAUUCAGAUUCUGGAGGCUGUAAUAAAAAACCGGAAGAGAUGUAGUGGCUUAAGAAACAGAGGAAACUGGAAUUCCGAUGAUUCCUCUGAGACAUCUGGCGAGAAACAUAUAGAUAAAUCUGUGCAACCAAGCACCUUGCACUCUCCAGUUCUUAAGAACUAUCUCAUUGACGCCACUAACAGCAAUGAUGACUCAACAUCUGCAAGUAUGACUCAAAAGAACCCAGAAGAAGAAGAUUGGAAAGAUCGGCUGUAUUCAGGAAUUGCGUUGGAUGGAAAGAAUCUGAAAUCUCUUGAAGGUAUAAGGAUCUUGCUGGCAGAAGAUACACCCGUUCUUCAACGAGUUGCCACCAUAAUGCUUGAGAAAAUGGGAGCAACUGUAACUGCAGUCUGGGAUGGACAGCAAGCAGUUGAUUCCCUCAAUUACAAGUCUAUCAAUGCUCAAGAUCCAACUGAAGAACACAAAUCGUCAGAAGAAGAAACCGCCAACAACUCUAUAAAUCCGCAGAGUAGUUUACGGAAUUCCUCACCUUAUGACUUGAUCCUCAUGGAUUGCCAGAUGCCAAAAAUGGAUGGAUAUGAGGCAACAAAGGCGAUAAGGAGAGCAGAGAUUGGCACUGAGCAGCACAUUCCAAUCGUGGCAUUGACAGCGCAUGCAAUGUCUUCUGACGAAGCGAAAUGCUUGGAGGUUGGAAUGGAUGCUUAUCUCACAAAGCCUAUUGAUCGAAACCUUAUGGUCUCUACCAUUUUGUCACUCACUAAACCAUCGUCCGCUUGAAGCAUCGGGUUAAAAACUAACAAGAGAACUUCUUUUAGUAGGUUCGGGAUCUUGAAUUUUGUAUAUAUGUGAAUUUGUAGUUGACGAUGAGUUUUUUCGGGGUAAAGAAAAUCCAGUUUUUUGGUCAUUUUUUGUUUACUGCGAUACAAAGAAUGUUUUGUACUUAAAAUAAGAAUACAUUGUAUACUUGUUU